AGCCAAGGAGCCACGCGGCACUCUUUCAGGAACUUUGCAAAGCUGGAGGUUGUUUGCUGCUCCGGGAAGGUGUUGGGUUACAGAGGAGGAAUGAGAGCGGAGAGGGGGUGGGGGAAGCGGGAAGAGAGAAAGGGAGCAAUUUCUCCAGCAGCUGAUCUGCUGCAGCCGCCUGCAAGGUUCCUUCCCAGCCCAGCCAGGGCAGGGUGCGUCUAGCCUGGAGGAAGGGUCCGGGCGAAGAGGCGAGGCGGGCGGGGAGACCAUCAAGCAAGUGGCCCCGGGGGCGCUCGGGCCAUGCCGCGUGGCUGCGAGUCGCGCGCCGAGCCCCGGAGACGAUGCCACGCAGGCAGGGAGCAACAGGCGGCCGGCGCGGCGGCGGAGGCUCCCCCGAGAUCGAGAUGCCCAGGGCGGGCAGCGGGCAGCGGCAGCCUCGGCUAGAGCAGCAGGCCUAGGAAGCCUCCCGAGCCGGGAAGGAGGGCCUCGGGCUGUGCCCGGAGCGACCUGAGGAGAACUUUCCUCUCUCCCGAGAUGAACAAGCUCCGGAAGCUUUUCCGAGGCAGCGGGCGAGCCUUGGCCUUCAUCUUCGCCGCCUCGGUGGUGUGGCUGCUCUUCGACAUGGCAGCGCUGCGCCUCUCCUUCGGCGAGAUCAACACCCGCGUCCUCAAGGAGGAGAUGGUGCGGCGGGAGAGGCUGCGCGGCUGGCGGGAGAAGAAGAGCCUCGACGGCGCCCGAGCAGGAGAGGAGCUCCGGGCGCCGCCAGGGGCGCUGCCAAGGGGCCUCGAGGAGAAGGGACGCGGCGGCCCAAGCAAGAAGAGGGGGAAGCCGGGCGCCCAAUGGAGGCGCGCAACCCCCCAAGCGGCGGCAGCGGCAGCAGCUCCCGGACUGCACUGGACGGCCGCCGUCGACGUCCGGACCCAUGCUGCGGCCGCCCCCGCGGAGAAGAAAUCGAGCGCGGGGGCCGGGCCCCCUCGCCCGCCGCCCACAAAGCCGCCUUUUGCCAGCGGGUCGCCGGGGCGGGCGCUCGACGCUCCUGCCGUCGGAAGCAAAGUCGCCGCGAAAGGGCCUGGGCCGUUAAGCACGGGAUCCAAAGGGAGAGAGGAGGCGGCGGCGGUUUUUAUACCCGAAGGUGGAUUAGGGGAGAAAGGCGCCUUGGCUGGCUUGCCCGCCAACGGAACUCUGGGCAGCCCCGGGCUACUGAGCGGGCCAAAUGUCCCCGCAAAGCGGCCCGGGGGGCUGGAUUUGCCUGCCGCUUUGGAAGCAGCGCAGAAGUCUCCGGGUGCGCCACGUCCAGGAAAGCUGUCCGAGGAGGAGGAGGCCAGAAUUGCCGGUGCAAAAGUCAUCCUGCCUAACCAAGUGGUGCUUAUAAGCAAGGAGGGAGCGCGGGUGGUCUCGGCGGCCGCGCCCGCUCCCGAAGACGGAGGACGUGGAGCCGUCGGGAAGAAGGCGCAAGUGACUGCGGGCAAAAACCAAGAGGAACCGAGAGCGGCGGGUGCGACCCAGGAGGCCGCUCUUAAGGGGGCUGCGGCGACGACCCUAAAAGUUAUUCCAGUUGAAAGGGCUGAGCUAGGGAAGGCAGAUGGGGUCCGUUCCGCCCAUCAGGACCAAUCAAGGCAAACCAAUGGGACCCAUUUCACAGAAAGGGCCAAGUUUCACAAAGUGUUUACUAUUGAUAGGACCUUGGCCCCAAGGGACCCCAAAGCGCUGGGUCAGUAUGGGCGCCCGGCAGUGGUCCCAGGCGAAAAGGAAGAGGAGGCAAAAAGGAGGUGGAAGGAGGGGAACUUCAAUGUCUUCCUAAGUGACCUCAUCCCACUAGACCGAGCCAUCGAGGACACAAGGCCCGCUGGAUGUAGAGAUCUUCUCGUCCACAACAACCUUCCCACCACCAGCAUCAUCAUAUGCUUUGUUGACGAAGUGUGGUCCACACUCUUGCGCUCUGUUCACAGUGUCCUCAACCGCUCCCCUCCUCAGUUUAUUAAAGAGGUUAUUCUGGUGGAUGACUUCAGCACAAAAGCAUACCUCAAGGACAAACUAGAUCAGUACAUGGCCCAGUUUCCCAAAGUCCGGAUCCUUCAUCUCAAGGAAAGGCAUGGUUUAAUACGAGCUAGACUAGCGGGAGCAGAGAUUGCCAAAGGUGACGUACUGACAUUCUUAGAUUCUCAUGUGGAAUGCAACGUAGGGUGGCUGGAGCCGCUCCUGGACAGAAUCCGUUUGAAUAGGAAGAAAGUUGCCUGUCCUGUUAUUGAAGUCAUCAGUGACAAAGACAUGAGUUACAUGACCGUGGACAGCUUUCAGCGUGGUGUUUUUACAUGGCCAAUGAAUUUUGGAUGGAAGCCCAUUCCUCCAGAUGUCAUCAAGAAAAAUGGAAUUAAGGACACCGAUAUAAUUAGGUGUCCUGUGAUGGCAGGUGGCUUAUUUUCUAUUGAUAAGAAGUACUUUUUUGAACUUGGGACAUAUGAUCCUGGCCUUGAUGUUUGGGGAGGUGAAAACAUGGAGAUCUCAUUCAAGGUUUGGAUGUGUGGAGGGGAAAUAGAAAUCACCCCGUGUUCCAGAGUGGGCCACAUUUUCAGGAACGACAACCCCUACUCCUUCCCUAAAGACCGCCUUACCACGGUGGAGCGGAAUUUGGCCCGAGUUGCGGAGGUUUGGCUGGAUGAAUACAAAGAUCUCUUCUACGGACAUGGUUAUCACCUCAUUCAAAAGAACCUGGACGUCGGGGACUUGACUCAGCAGAGAGAACUGAGGAAGCGGCUUCAGUGCAAAAACUUCAAAUGGUACCUGGAGAACGUCUACCCUGAUUUAGAAGCCCCCCUUGUUAAAGCUAGUGGGCUGAUCAUUAACAUAGCACUGGCUAAAUGCAUCACUGUGAAUAGAUCUAGCCUGGCCUUUGAAACAUGUGACGUUAACAACAAGAACCAAAAGUUCAACUAUACUUGGCUGAGAUUGAUCCAGCACAGAGACUCCUGUGUGGCAGUGACUGAUGCGGAAGGGACACUGGGCCUGCACCCUUGCGAUAAACGAAACAAUACCCUGAAAUGGUUGCAUAAAUCACUGGUGGCUUUUCAUCCAGAACUCAUGGAUCACAUUGUCUUAGAACACCUUCCGCGGGCCACGUGUUUGGAAGUGGAUCAGUCUCAGAAAGCCCUGAGGGCCGGCGUUUGUUCCUCCUCCAAUCUUUAUCAGAAGUGGCAGUUUGGAAAUUAUUAUGCUGCCUGAAGAGGAAGCCGAGCAAACCGGACAGAAGAGUCGCUUUGUAAUCCGAUGAAUUUGAAAGCGACAGCUGUGGAACUUCCGAUAGCAGCGAGCAUAAAACUGCGAUCUCCCUCCCAAACCGCAGUCGGAACCCGAACACUUUGGAAGAAGCAUAUGGCCAGAUCAGAAGAUGGAGCGAGAGCGCAGCUGGUUUGAUGCGGCUUAAUGACACACGGCUGGCAUAUUGGCAGGGGAGGAAAAAAUGACCAGGGAAAAAAUGACCAGAGUUCUUCCUGCCUUAGAGGGUUUACAUUUCUGGUUUGGUAUGGGUUUUUUUACGGGAGCGUUAUGGAGAUUCCACUUCACAAGUUUCACUCUUCUCCCUAUUUCAAAAAAAAAAAAUGCCAAUCUUUUGGAAACCUUGAGAAUCACAUAUCUCAAAUCUGCAUCCCAAAAUGUGUGGCCUGUGAGUAUAGAAGUUGAGAGCUGUCUAAUUUGAUUGAUAGUGGCUGCCAGGUGAAUGGCCAGGCUACACUUUGAAGUCGUAGCAAGAGUCUGACUUUAUUACAUGUGUGGAGGUGGCAGGAGUUUGAAAAUGUCUUAUGGGGCAAGCCCUCUUGCUGUCACUUUCAAGAAGCUUUGGGGACAAACUCGGGCUAAAACAGUCCAGAUUGGAGAGAUCAGACGUACAGUCUCUAAGCUCCAAGUGGCACAGUCCAGCAACAGAUUCAGCAUAUGUGCGCAGUAGGGAUUUUCAGGUGUCUUCCUUUUUUACACAUCUAGUCUAUGCGCAUGGGGGAAAGUGCGACUUCGCCCUGACCAGCAUGCCAAUGCGCUCAAGUGAUACAUUUCAUAAACAAAUUCCCAACAUCCAUGUGCUCAGAGGGAUGCCUGAAAAAGAGUUCCCAUGUGUGUAUGUCCAUAGGUGAUUGAAGUAAUUGGAAACCCUCUGAUCCUAGGAGCUGUCUUGUGUAUGCGCCCCAUCAGAGAAAUUCCGCUGAACAUGUGAAUGCCAGCAGUUAGGUCAGUGGGUCAUGGCACUGCAUCUCCCUUCUCAUGUAGGCUGUCUUGGGUAUUGUUGGAGAAUGACAGCCAUUGUUAAAUCGCUUCUGUAACUUUGCGAGCCUGAGGCCUCAAACCGUUUUAUUUCAGAGCAGUGCCCUCUGGGCAACUUCAAAGAUAACUUCCUGAAGGACCACAUAAACAUCAGACAGCCAUAGCCUUCAGGAGCCACAAAGGCGGUGGGGCUACUCUGGAGUAAGAAGCAUCCUUUGCCUCAGAGCAUUGUCCUGAAGCUGUACCUCACAAUACAAGCUUCGAUGACAGCCAAGCUUUCAUCAUCCGUGAUGUUUACAGCCUUUUACAAGUCUGUUUUAUGUCCAAGAGAGCCUCUGUAUAAUGUUGCCGUGACAUCGCAUAUCAGCACUGACAAUGUUUGGCAAGCUGAACCUGCCAAAAUAUUGAUUUGCCUAACAGACUUCACAGUCAGCUUCAUUCCCAACUGUCUUUCUGAGUCUCUCCUCCCCCCACUCCCCCCAGCAUCCUCCAGUAUUGUUGCCCUGUAGUUGCCAUCAGAAAAAUUACACAGAUGUUGUCUGAACACUCACGUUUUAUCAAGAGCAUGAAUUUCAUUACAUUCUGUGCGCUGACAUUCCAUCAUUUGUCAUUUAGCAGGCACGGAGUGGCCAUAUGUCACAGUCACAUUGCAUUUCCCCUCGUGCCAUUUGCAAAACGUUCGCGUCCACCCUGUCUUUGCUUAUUCUUUUAAAAAAAAGCAUAUUGGGUGACCCUUCUGGACUCUUGACACACACAAAAAUCUACAACAUUGAGUACUGGGGAACACUGCCCAAGUAGGCUUUUCUUGCAGGAACAACAACCAUGCCAGCUAGAUAUUUAAAAAUCAUAAUUACCGGUAUAUUUUGAGCAAGAUGAGAGCUCCUGGAACCCAAAACCUAAGAACAUGUUCCCAAGGCAUUCCUCCAUCCUGAUAUUCCCAGGCAGGAAACCAUUGCAACUUCCAAAGAUGCAGAUGGUUUCAACGAUGCAGAUGGAAAUGGCUUCGAAUAAAGAGUGUCCGCCAUUUACAUUGGACCCGAUUUUGUGGCUAGAGCUUUUACAGGUAGGCCUCUGCCAUCUCCUGUUUUGUAGCUGUGCACAGCCUUAACGUGCUUGGUUCUGGAAGGUGGGAAAGACACUCUGCUAUAGAUUUUCAAACCUUUUUAAAAAAUAAAAAUAAAACCGCUGUAUUUGCAAGCAAUAACAUGGGUGCAGAAAGCUAGGAACCCAAUACUCACUGGCUGCUAGAUUGCAGAAGAAGGCAGGAAGCAUAUGUUGGGGAGGGGUUAGGGGAAAACAGAGAUGAAUAAACACUGCUAUUUUGGCACAGGAAUAGUACCGUAUGUGUCUUUGGGGGGCGGGGGAAUAAGUGAGAUGUCCUGCUGUGUAAUACUUGUCUGUCCAUACUUCUACCAUCAACCCAACAUCUGGGCUAGCACUGUCAGGUUUAAUAAUACACUCCAAAUAGGUGAUUAGUGCUUGAUCAUCAGCUCAUACCCAGCCUCAAUCCAGUCAGAAUCCGCACUGAAAUUUCAGUGCAAUUGCCCCUUCUGUGCCAGUCGAACUUAAGCACAGCUAAUUUUUCUCUGGACUGGGCCACGUUUCCCACCCCAGUGCUAAGAGUCACAUGUGCAAACCAGUACAGCAUCCAAGCAUUUGUGUUUUGUUUUUCCAGAAAAGGAGCAUGCCAAAGCUUGCUUCCAUGCACCACUUUCCCAGUAGCUGUGUGUGUGUGUGUGUGUGUGUGUGUGUGUGUGUGUGUGUGUGUGUAGCAAUCUUGAGAUGAAAGAGUCCCAUCUUAAGAUAAGGAGCGUCCUGUUAUUUAGAGGUUAGUGCUUAGCUGAACUAAGAUGGUAAUGAUCAGGGCAAGGCAUCAGAGCUGUGCUUCUCUUUCCUCUCCGUCGACAUGACCUUCAAGGAAAUUACUACCUAACCACUUAAGGAAACUUGAACAUUACUCUUACGUUGCUGGAGCAGCACAAGGAGGUGCAUUAGUGACCAAAAUCUGACCCUACCAGUCAUUUUAGCAUUUUAUAUACUGUCAUAAAUUUUAUCCAGACGUAAUUUAAUGAUGGAUCCCGUAUAGGUUUCAUUCUCAAAGUUUAAUUUGCUUGAUUUUGUUAUUGGGGGUUGGGAGGAAGGAACCUGAAUUUGCAUCCAAUGGGGAAAAAGCCUUGCGCAAUGGCUUUGAAUGCACCUGUCCACUGUGAAUUUUAACCAGACAUCCCCAAACUUCGGCCCUCCAGAUGUUUGGACUACAAUUCCCAUCAUCCCUGACCACUGGUCCUCUUAGCUAGGGAUCAUGGGAGUUGUAGGCCAAAACAUCUGGAGAGCCACAGUUUGGGGAUGCCUGAUUUUAACUAUGCUAUGCAAUGUAUAUAGCUCAGAGAUGAACCCACAUUGAUAAAUGAACUAAAAGAGUGGUGACUUAAUUCAUUUUUAAAUAAAAAAAGCUGUAUAUAUAUUUUUUUUAAUGUGAGCUGAUUUCUUUUAUAUAAUAUAAUUUGUGGGUUUUAAAAUAUAUAUGUAAUUAGUUCCUUCCUGUCUGGCGUUCGUAUUGUACCCUUAUCUGUAGGUAGCAGUAAUGCUCUAACCUGAUGGUUUUUUGUUUGUUUGUUUUUUAAAACAUAGCUUUUAUGCAUUUCAGACAAAAAUGUUAUUUACACAUGGGAAAUUCUUAUUAAAAAUCUGACAUAAUUUUUUACAAA